CGGUCCACCACUUCCACUCCUCUAUCCUCCCCAACUCCACCGGCGCCAUGGCCGCCAACGGCGAAAUCAUCACUCCUUCAAAUACCCGUCUCGGAUGGAUCGGCACCGGCGUUAUGGGCCAAUCUAUGUGCUCUCACCUAAUCAAAGCUGGCUACACUCUCACCAUCUUCACUCGUACCCAAUCCAAAGCACAAUCCCUUCUCGACAUCGGAGCAAAUUGGGCUUCCUCUCCUCACGCCGUCGCUUCCCAAUCCGACGUCGUUUUCUCCAUCGUAGGCUACCCCUCCGACGUCCGCCAUGUCCUCCUCCACCCUACCUCCGGCGCCCUGUCUGGUCUCUCCCCUAACGGAAUCCUCAUCGACAUGACCACUUCCGAACCCUCCUUAGCCGUCGAAAUAUCCAAUUCCGCCGCCGAGAAGUCAUGUUUCUCAAUCGACGCUCCAGUUUCCGGCGGAGACCGUGGUGCUCGUAACGCCACGCUAUCAAUUUUCGCCGGAGGUGAUGAAUCUACCGUGAAACGAUUGAAUCCAAUUUUCACCCUUUUGGGGAAAGUUAACUACAUGGGUGGUCCAGGUAAAGGGCAAUUCGCAAAAUUAGCAAAUCAAAUCACAAUUGCUUCAACAAUGGUUGGAUUAAUCGAGGGUUUGAUCUAUGCACACAAAGCUGGGCUCGAUUUAUCCCUCUAUUUGGAUGCAAUUUCAACAGGAGCAGCUGGGUCAAAAUCCCUAGAUUUGUACGGUCAAAGGAUCUUGAAAAGGGAUUUUGAAGCUGGGUUUUAUGUGAAUCAUUUCGUUAAAGAUUUAGGGAUUUGUUUGCGAGAAUGUCAGAACAUGGGGAUUGCUUUGCCAGGUUUAGCAUUGGCUCAACAGCUUUAUGUGUCUCUGAAGGCUCAUGGUGAAGGUGAUUUGGGAACCCAAGCUUUGAUCUUAGCUCUUGAAAGGCUUAACAAUUCGAGCCUUGAAAUGCACAUGUGAAUCGGUAAAAUCUUCUAUAAAUCUUUAGAAUAAUCAUGUAUUCAUAUGUGAUUAUGUACUCCCAAAUUCCCAAUAAUCUGUUCUUAUCAGAAAUGUAUGAAUGCUGCUGAAGUUUCAUAGCUUUAGUUCAUGUGAUCAUAAGUAGUAGAAUUUGCAGUUACCAUUGUUUCAGUUUUAUGGAUGACAAAGAGAAUGAAUUUCACA